UUGUCGUUAUUGUGGCAAAAAAAUUCGCGUCAGGUUCGUGUUUCAAUAGUGGUCGUAGAAAUUGCUGGUUUUGUGGAGCUGACACUUCCUUUCUUUCUCAUCAAACCCCACUUUUUUCGCCGAGGCUCUACCGUUCCGUUAUGCUCCUAACAUUUACUUCCCUUUCUUUCUGUUUUUUUAUUUUUUUUUCUUGGUGAUAACAAAUAUUUCAGAGUAUUCUUGGUAAUUUUUCAAGAAUCGAAAUUUCCAUAAAAUUUGGAAAAAAAGGCCAAAACUUUGUUAUAGGGAUAUUCAUGAUUCUUGCUUAUGUUGUUUCUUUUUGGGAAAAACAAGAUUGUUUUCAGGUUUGUAUAAAGCUGUGGCUUAGGUGAUUUUUGGAACAUGGAUGUAAGCGAGCUAGAGGAGAAUUUGUUCGCUGCUAGCGAUGCCAAGUUACACAGAGAUAUGUGCAAGGAACUAUCUGCUGUUUAUUGCAAGGUAUUGUCUAUCUUCCCUUCCUUGGAAGAAGCACGUCCGCGGAGUAAGUCAGGGAUUCAAGCCUUGUGCUCCUUACAUAUUGCACUCGAGAAAGCCAAGAACAUUCUUCAACACUGCUCUGAGUGUAGCAAACUUUACUUGGCUAUCACUGGGGAUGCUGUUCUGUUAAAAUUUGAGAAAACAAAGUCUGCACUUAUCGAUAGUCUUAGACGCGUGGAGGACAUUGUCCCUAGCUCAAUUGGCUCUCAGAUUUUAGACAUUGUAGGUGAACUAGAACACACCAAGUUUUUGCUUGAUCCAUCAGAGAAAGAAGUCGGUGACAGUAUAAUCUCACUACUCCAACAAGGCAAGAAAUUUGACAACGCCACCGACAACGCCGAGCUUGAAAUAUUCCACCAAGCAGCUACUAAACUCAGCAUAACUUCUUCCAGAUCAGCUCUAGCAGAGCGGCGCGCUCUAAAGAAACUCAUCGACAAGGCACGUGCGGAAGAAGACAAGCGGAAAGAGUCAAUCGUGGCUUACCUCUUGCAUCUCAUGAGAAAAUACUCAAAGCUUUUCAGAAGCGAAGCUGUGGAUGAGAAUGACUCUCAGUGUUCACCACCAUGUUCCCCCACUGGUAAUGAAGACCGUCCCCAUGCGUUUGGGCGUCAACUAUCUAAGUUUGGUUCUGUUAAUAACAGUAGGAAACCAGGACAGAUGAUGCCCACUCCACCAGAAGAACUCAGGUGUCCCUUAUCUUUGCAGCUUAUGUUUGAUCCUGUCAUUAUUGCUUCUGGACAGACUUAUGAACGUGUAUGCAUCGAGAAAUGGUUAAGUGAUGGACAUAACUCUUGCCCCAAGACUCAGCAGCAGCUCCCACAUCUUUCCUUGACUCCUAAUUACUGUGUGAAAGGUCUGAUUGCGAGCUGGUGUGAGCAGAAUGGGAUCACAGUUCCUACUGAACCACCACAGUCUCUCGACCUCAACUACUGGAGGCUAGCCUUGUCUGACUCUGAAUCCGCCAAUUCAAAGUCUGUUGAUGGUAUAGGACCGUGCACACCGAAGGAAGCAAAACUCGUUCCUUCGGAGGAGAGUAGUACUAUUGGUCCGGAACAACAACAACACAAAGAAGAAGUCAAUGCGCCUGACGUCAAUGUUCUAGAACAGUAUCAGGAUAUAUUGGCUACCUUGGACAAAGAGGAGGACUUGGGUGAAAAAUGCAAAGUAGUAGAAAACGCCAGGCUGUUGCUGAAGGAUGAUGAAGAGGCCAGGAUCCUCAUGGGAGCCAAUGGGUUUGUUGAAGCUUUCUUGCGGUUUUUAGAAUCAGCUGUUGAUAAAAACAAUGCAGCCGCACAGGAAACUGGAGCUAUGGCUCUAUUUAACUUAGCAGUCAACAAUAACAGGAACAAAGAAUUGAUGCUGACUUCAGGAGUCAUCCCGCUGCUAGAGAAAAUGAUCACUUGUCCUCACUCCCAAGGGCCAGCAACUGCGUUGUACCUAAACCUCUCCUGCCUCGAGAAAGCUAAGCCAGUGAUUGGCUCAAGUCAAGCAGUUCCCUUUUUCGUGAAGCUUCUUCUUCAGGGAGAAACACAGUGCAAGCUGGACGCUCUUCACGCGCUCUACAACCUCUCAACCCACUCUCCCAAUAUCCCCACUCUCCUUUCAUGUAACAUAAUCAAAACCCUCCAAGUCCUAGCAUCAACAGGUGACCACUUGUGGAUAGAGAAGUCAUUAGCGGUAUUAAUAAACUUAGCCUCUAGCCAAGAAGGGAAAGAAGAGAUGAUAUCAUCACAAGGGAUGAUCAGCACUCUCGCAACGGUCCUGGACGCCGGUGACACGGUGGAACAAGAGCAAGCCGUUUCUUGCCUUGUGAUCUUGUGCACGGGAAGCGAGCAGUGUAUCCAGAUGGUGCUGCAAGAAGGAGUGAUUCCGUCUCUGGUUUCCAUCUCGGUGAAUGGAAGUAGCAGAGGAAGAGACAAGUCUCAGAAGCUUCUGAUGCUGUUCAGGGAACAGAGGCAACGAGAACAGGCGUCGCCGAAUAAAGAUGAAGCUCCCAGGAAAAGCUUGUCUGCGCCAUUGCCAAUGUCUGUACCUGCUCAAGCUUCAGGUCCACCAGGGUCAGAAGGGAAGCCUUUGUUUAAAUCAACCUCUGCAAGGAGAACAAUGACGAGAGCAUUCAGCUUCUUCUGGAAGAAAAGCUACUCCAUCCACCGUUGAAGAAAAAAGAUACAUUUGGAGUGUGUCACAUUUACAUACUCCAAUGUAAACCUGUUUUUUUAUUCCUUUGAUCCUUAACUUCUUACACAAGUCAUCUGCAUAGGGAAGAACGAUAUGUAAAUGCCACUUUGGGACCUCACCAUUUUUGCUCACUUUUCCUCUCUCACCAGAGGUAAUCGUGUAGAUAGCUUACUGAUGUAACAGUUUUGUUUUUUUUUUCUAUAUAUGAAACCUCACUUUCAGUA